AUGGUGAGUGCACAAACUGCAAUGCAUAAUAAUCCUUCUGAUCAAAGUUUUGCAGAUGCAGAGUUGAUUGCAAUUCAGGAUUAUAAGGAGAAACAUAAUGCUUAUUUGGCUUUCCUCAGUCAGAAAGAAAAAUUGUCUUGGCUUAAAGAUGGAGAUGAGAAUACUUCUCUUUUUCAUCAGAGUAUCAAGACUAGAAAGGUUCAGAACCAAGUGUAUAGCAUUUAUGAUAUGCAAGGAGAAUGGAAAGAUACAGCUGAUGGGGUGUCCCAAGCUUUUUUGGAUUAUUAUAAAAUGCUCCUAGGUAGUACUUCUGAUAAUAGAACACCAGUAAACAAGGAGGUGGUGCAACAGGGGCCAGUCUGUUUGGAUCAUCAUAAAGCUAUACUCAAUGCUCCUUAUACAGCAGAUGAAGUUAAGAAGGCUCUUUUCUCUAUUCCAGGUAUUAAAGCUCCUUGUCCAGAUGGUUUUGGCUCUUAUUUUUACAAAGAUGCUUGGCAUAUUGUUGGGGAUGAAGUCAUUGCAGCCAUUCUUGAUAUGUUACAGCAAGGAAGAAUCUUGAAGGAGGUGAACCACACUGUGAUUACUCUUAUCCCCAAGACUAAAUGUCCAAAGGAUGUGAGUGAGUUCAGGCCAAUUUCUUGCUGCAAUACCAUUUAUAAGUGCAUAACAAAAGUUUUUUGUGGGAGAUUAAGGCAAGUUCUUCCUGAUCUCAUCAUGGAAAAUCAAGGAGGUUUUGUUCAUGGGAGAUACAUAGUUCAUAAUAUUAUGGUUGUGCAAGAUUUAGUCAGGCAUUAUGGGAGGAAAGGGGUUAAGCCUAGCUGCCUUAUGAAGAUUGAUCUUCAAAAAGCCUAUGAUACUGUUGAUUGGCAGUUCUUACAGGAGAUGCUGGUUCUUUUGGACUUCCCAAAGCAAUUUGUUGAUAUGGUUAUGCAAUGUGUUACUACUCCCAUGUUUUCUUUGAUGCUGAAUGGUUCUAUGCAUGGAAUUCUGAAUAGAGUGAGCUCUAUGCAUCAGUUCCAGUUUCAUCCAAGGUGUAAGGGGAUUGGUCUUACUCACUUAUGUUUUGCUGAUGAUCUGAUUAUCUGUAGCAAGGGAGAUUAUCAGUCUAUUUACUUGUUGCUUCAAGCUUUCAAGUUGUUUUCUGAUACUUCUGGCUUAAAGGCAAAUCAACAAAAGUCUUCUAUCUACUGUCAUGGCAUGCAUGAAUCUGAUAUUCAGAGGGUAGUAGAUGUUUCUGGAUUUUCUAGAAGUAUGUUGCCAUUCAAAUAUUUGGGGGUCCCUAUAUGUUCUAAGAAGAUCUCUGUGGCUCAGUGUGCUCAUUUGGUGGAUAAGAUGAUCACUAGGAUAAAAAUUUGGAGUUCUAGGAAUUUAUCCUAUACAGCAAGAAUGCAGCUUGUUAAUUCAGUUUUACUAAGUUUGCACAUGUAUUGGGCACAAAUUUAUGUGCUUCGAAAAGGUGUUCUUCAAGAUAUAGUGAAGAUCUGCAGAGCCUUCCUAUGGAGUGGCCAUGCUUUCAGUCAUAAACCAAGCAACAUAGCUUGGGAUAAAUCAAGAAGCAGGAUAAUGUGUGGAUUAGGUGGAUUAAUUCAGUCUACUAGCUUAAAGGAUGGGGAUUGGUGGGAGUAUCAGCCUGGUUCUACUGCUAGCUGGUACUGGAAGCAAGUGUGCAAUACAAAGGAGCAGCUCAAACAGUUCUUUACUUGUGCAGAUUUUGAGAACAUGCCUCAUUAUUCAGUGAAACAAGUGUAUGAGAAACUCCUAGGGGACAAGACAAGGGUGCAUUGGGACAAAAUGGUUUGGAAUAGGCUGAAUGUUCCAAAACAUAGAUUCAUUUGCUGGUUGGCUGUUCAAUCAAAGCUUCAGACUACAGACAAACUAGCAAAGAUAGGCAUUAGUCAAUCUGCUAGUUGCUUGAUUUGUGGCUUGGAUGAUGAGACUCAUCAGCAUCUCUUCUUUCAGUGCCAGUAUAGUAAGCAAAUUAUUAUAGCAGUACAUCAGUGGAUAGGUUUCUCUAUUCAUGGCAAUUUGGUUCAGUUAGUCAGAAAAGCUGGACAAAGUAAAGCUUCAAAGUUCAGGAAGCAGGUGUAUUUUGCAGCUGUUGGUGCUGCUGUCUACCUGAUCUGGAGGUGUAGAAACACAAGUUUUUGGGAUAACUCCAUUCCCACUGUCAGUCAGAGUAUGAAGGAUUUGAAGCAAAUGGUCAAGAGCAGAAUUCAGGUUGUUCUGCCAAAGCAUGUAAGCAAGAGAGAUAGUGAAUGGUUCACAAAUUUGUAA